AAUCAGUGUGAGCUGAGCUCUUUCCCUGAAUGAAUCCAAGUAACCCCGGUGGUUGCCUUCUGAAAUGACCAGCAGACACACAUCUGUACAGAGGCUGCCCAAAGUAUAAACUCUGGUUCUAAAGUACCAUGUCCAGCCAAGGAAGUCCUGAUGUGGAGUUUUCUACGACAACAGUCAGUUCUGUAGCUGUGCAGGCUGGGGACUCCAAAAUCGUUAUCGCUGUCAUAAAGUGUGGCAAAUGGGUACAGCUUCAAUUGGCUGAAUCACAGCCUAAUCUUCUAGAAAUCGGUAGCAGUCAAGAUGAAACCAAAAAACUUCUUCACGAUCAUGAACUUCUUUUGGCCAAGCUCAAGGCUUUGGAAGAUCGGGUAUGGGAACUCUUGCAGGAAGCAGACAAGACAGCUGAAGAGAACAAGGAUCAAAGUCAGGUGUACGAUGCGAUGGCCGACACCCUGGGUGAAGCAUGGGCAGCCCUGGUCUCCAUGCUUGAAAGAAGAAGGGAGCUCCUCAGGUUGACUUCUGAAUUUUUUGAAAAUGCCUUGGAGUUUGCCAUUAAGAUAGACCAAGCUGAGGAUUUCCUUCAGAACACUCAGGAGUUUGACAGUGCUGAGUCCUUGAAAUCACUGCUUCAGCUUCAUGAACAUCACACCAAAGAACUCUUAGAACGAUCUCUAGCCCUUUUAAACAAAAGUCAACAACUCACUGACUUCAUAGAAAAAUUCAAGUGUGACGGACCUAAUGUAAAUUCCGAGUUGAUUCAAGGAGCUCGUAACAGCUGCCUGAAGAUCGACAGCCUUCUCGAACUUCUACAAGACAGGAGACGGCAACUAGACAAGAACCUGAAGCAGCAGCGGCAGGAAUUGAGUCAGGUUCUGCAGAUAUGUCAGUGGAACCAACAAGAAAAUCAGGUUACUUGUUGGUUUCAGAAAACCAUAAGAGAUUUACAAGAACAAAGUCUAGGUUCGUCACUUACAGACAAUGAGGAGCUAAUCCAUAAGCACGAAGAACUGAUAAUAAACGCAAAGGAAUGGAAUUCUGCCGUUGAGAAGCUAAAGAGUGAAGCACUUGGGAUUCUGCUCUUCAGGGACUAUGUGGAGAAAGAACAUCUACAGCUCUCUAACCAGAAACUGAAUCAGCUUCAAGAAGAAUUUGGUCGGCUCAUGGUGGAAAGGAAGACCUGGUUAAAAAAGGCAAAUGAUUUUUUUAACAGCGCUAACAAGGCAUUUGAUGUACUUGGAAGAAUUGAAGCUUACCUUAAGCUCCUUAAAUCAGAGGGUUUAAGUCUGCCUGUCUUGGCAGCGAGGCAUGAGGAAUUACACAGAGAAAUUAAAGACUGCACAGCCAAUGCUUUGCAAAAGGGACAAGCCUUAAUCAGCCAAGUAGGCUCCUGCAGCUCUCAGGUGACUGGCAUCCAUGAGAUGAUGGAAUGCAUUCAGAGACGAGUAGAUCAUCUGACCGAACAGUGUUCUGCACACAAGGAAUUUGCUCUUAAGAAACAGCAAUUAACAGCCUCAGUGGAGGGCUACCUAAGGAAGGUGGAAAUGUCAAUUCAGAAAAUCAGUCCAGUACUUUCCAAUGCAAUGGAUGUAGGUUUCAGCCUUUCUGAAUUAGAGAAGAUUUUGAGUAAAUAUUUGGAACUAGAUACCCAAGCUAAGGAGACAUCACAUGAAUUAGAGGCAGCUGCAAAACUUAUGACAGAGAAAAAUGAAUUUGAACCCGAUGAGGCAGCAUCUCUUUCUUCUAAAGCUAAAUGGCUAAAGGAAGAAUUAAAAAUAGUUGGCGAAAGCAUCGGCUCUAGGUCACAUGUCCUGCAAACUUAUGUGGCCUUUCUAAAGUCAUCAGAGGAGGUAGAGCAGCAGUGUCAGAGCCUUAAGGAGUUUUACCAAACUGAAAACCUGCGGAAGGAAGAGGACGAGGCUAAAGCUAAGCAUUGGUCUGACUCUGCUGAGAAGCAGUGGCAGCUAUUUUUAAAGAGGAGCUUUUUAACUCAAGAUCUAGGGCUUGAGUUCCUUAAUUUAAUAAACAUGGCAAAAGAGAAUGAAAUAUUAAAUGUGAAAAAUGAGGUGCACAUUAUGGAGAACACUAUGGAAAGACAGAAGGCGGAAAGGGAAGAACUGGGCCGCCUUCGCAUGGCAUGGCAACUUAAAGCCGCUGCAAGCAAGCCUACGAAACAGCAGUGGGGAGCAUUCAAAGAACGACUUAGAAAGACUACUCACAACUUAAAACUUCUUCAAGAAGCACUUAUGCCUGUGUCUGCACUUGACCUUGGAGGGAGCCUCCAGACCAUUUUAGGUCUACGGAAAAAAUGGAAUGAAAUGAAGCCUCAAUUCCAGCAACUGAAUGAUGAGGUUGAGUAUAUUAUAAAAGAAUCAGAAGAGUUAGGUGACAAAGGAGCCCCUGUGAAAGAGAAGUUUCAACAACUGAAGGACCUUAUUCACCUCCAUCAAAACCAGAAAGAGAGGAUCCGAGAUUACGAGGAUAUCCUGUAUAAGACAGUCCAGUUCCACCAAGUCAAGGAGGAGCUGGGACAUCUCAUCAGAUCAAGAGAACUGGAGUUUCUGGAACAGCCAAAGGAACUGGAUGAUGCUCACGAUGCCCAGGUUUACCUCAGUCGCUCUCAGGAAAAGCAGGCCCAUAUAGACCAUCUCCAUAAACUGGCCCUUUCCCUGGGAGUGGACAUCAUCUCAUCAGUGCAGCGGCCUAACUGCUCUAAUGUUUCUGCAAAGAACCUACAGCAGCAGCUGGACGUCCUUGAGAGGGACAGUAUGAACUGCCAUGCCAAGGCCGAGGAGUAUGACCGCACCCUCACCCACAGCUUGGAGUACUGCUCCACAAGGGACGAGAUAAAUGAGCUUAAAGAGUCAUUCAAAGAUGUCAAAAAGAAAUUCAACAAUUUGAAGUUUAAUUACACUAAGAAAAGUGAAAAAGCUCGGAAUCUGAAGGCUCUUAAGUAUCAACUUCAACAAGUUGAUAUGUAUGCUGAAAAAAUACAGGCUUUGGAAAGGAAAAUGGAAAAAGUUGAGAAUAAAACUUCUUUCUUAAAGUAUCCAAAUAAUAAAGUUAAUGUUCUUCUGGAAGCCAUGAAGGAUUUGCAAAAACAUGUAAAUGAGUUUGACAAAGUUGUGACAGAUUACAAGAAGAAUUUGGACCUGACUGAGCAUCUCCAGGAGAUGAUAGAAGAGUGUCAUUUUUGGUAUGAAGAUGCGAGUGCUACAGUUGUAAGAGUUGGAAAAUAUUCCACAGAAUGCAAGACAAAGGAAGCUGUGGAAAUUCUCCACCAGCAGUUCAAUAAGUUUAUCACCCCCUCAGUGCCUCAGCAAGAGGAAAGGAUUCAGCAGAUCAGUGACCUCGCUCAGAGCUUAUAUGGUUUUGAAGAAGGGCAGAAAUAUGCUGAGAAAAUAGUGGCAAAACACAAGGAGGUUCUUGAAUCUAUUACUGAAUUAUGUGCCUCUCUUACAGAGCUUGAAGAAAAACUGAAGCAGGGAGAGGUUAUAAUGAUGAAUCUGAAUUUGGAAGACUUCCAUGAUGAUUGUGUUGACCUACUAAGAGAACCAGCGAGAAAUAAGCAGACAAUAUUCAAUGAAGAAAGGAAUAAGGAGCAGGAGCAGGUAGCAGAUAUUUUGGCCAUCAAUGGACCCGGAGAGGGUCAGCUUUCCCAGGACCCGAAGCAGCUGUCCUCUGCCAAAGAGAGUAGCGCCCAGCACCUGCUCCUGCCCGCAGACGCGCUUUCAGGAGAAGAAUAUGAGUGUGCCUCGCCUGAUGACAUCUCCUUGCCUCCACUCCCAGGAAGCCCCGAAUCCCGCCUGGCACCGUCCGACAUGGAAGUGGAGGAGAGUGCCAGCCCCUCCCUCAGCCUUCAUUUAAGCAGCUACGGGAUGCAGGGGGAGGCCCAGGAAUCUGGCCUUCCACCACCUGCUGCUUUUGCUGAUGCUUGCAAGGAUAAGAGAGAAACAUUUUCAAGCCAUUUUGAGAGACCUUACCCCCAGGUCAAAGCUGAGCUCCCAUUAACCUCCCGAGGAUUUCUGGAAAAGAGUACUGCCGUCCGCAAAAUCAAUGCUAAACAUCCAGAGAGCAUGCCGAGUGAAGUGCAUGAGAGAGCUUUACAGCAGCACCCUCAGGUUCAGGGAGGUUUGCUAGAAACACAGGAGAAAAUGCAUGCUGAGAAUAACAUCACUAAAACCCGAGAUAGGCUGCAUGCUUCCCAGGAUGCAUUCUCCGGCCUAAGGUUUCCAUCAGGCCCCAGCCAAGCCUAUCAGAGGCAAAUGGCUCCCCGAGAAGAGAUUAAAAGUACCUCAGAAAAGAACAGCGUGGUCAGCCUAGCUGGCCAGGCACCUAAUUUCUCCAGGCUCCUGUCUAAUGUCACUGUCAUGGAAGGUUCUCCAGUGACUUUGGAAGUUGAAGUAACAGGAUAUCCAGAGCCUACACUGACCUGGUACAAGAAAGACCAGAAAUUGUCUGCAGAUGGGCGCUUACAGGUUUUACACAAGGAGACGAGCCAUUCGGUGUUCAUUCCGAAGGUAUGCAAGGCAGACGCAGGCCUCUAUGUGGCUCAGGCCCAAAACUAUAGUGGCGUUCUCUCUUCCAAUGUCAUCCUCCACGUGACAGGUAACCACAGGCCGCCCAUCACAAGAAUAAACUGGAUAACGCUGUGUGUCAUCUAUGUUAGUGUGUUCCUAGUGUACUGGCUGCUCACACUGUAACUGUGGGAUUGGCACUCAUGGGCGGCAUUCUCAUGAGCCUAAAGGACAACACAGUUGUAUAUUUUCCUGCAUC